AUGGGUUCCAUAGCAAAUGGUGGGGGCACGCAGAGUGAUGCCCUUGCGACUGUAUGCAACAGUAUGCUGCUAAGCCCCCUCGUCUAUCUCGCCAGUAUCAGCAGCGACAUCAUCAUGAACCAGUCUCCCCCGGUGCUGUUUGUGCAACUGGGCCAGACUGCAUCUAUCAAUUGUACGGCCAGUCAAGAUGUUAGUGACGACGUCAAUUGGUACCAGCAGCGAGAAGGUCAGAAACCCUCUCUUCUGAUCAGCGAUGCAAAUUACCGAUACACAGGCGUCCCUGAGCGUUUCAUUGGCCGUCAAUUGGGAACCAGUUUUACUUUGACAAUCAGCAACGUUCAGGAAGAGGAUGUCGCUGACUAUUACUGUAUGCAGGAUCAUAGCGUGCCUCAAACACUUUCAUUUGGUAAAGGAACCAAGCUCCAACUCAGCCGUGAGAGGUCUCAGCCCAAGCUGAUCCUGCUACCCCCCUCUCUGGAACAGGUCAAGGCCAAGAGCGCUGCCACUCUGAUGUGCCUUGUCAAUCAUUUCUAUCCUGCAGAGCUGAAUGUGCAGUGGAAGAAGGAUGGUGCAAUCAUUUCGGAUGGGGUUCAGACAAGCAACUACCUGCGAGCUUCAGACAGCACCUAUAGCCUCAGCAGCCUGCUGACACUUUCUCGUUCCGAUUGGGAGUCCAAUGUUCGCUUCUCCUGUGACGUCACUCAUGUGACCCUCUCCUCUCCCCUCAGCCGGAGCAUCAGGAGAUCAGAAUGUGUGUAAAGUGCC